AUGGCGUUCGACCCAGCUUCUUUCGGCAAGCUGCGGCUAAAGAGCCAUGACUCUCUAUACACGAUAGACGACUUGAUCAGGUCGCAUGCUGCAGAACCUGAAGACUUCACCUUGAUAGGGGCUCCUGUACAUGACCUCACAGACUUCGAAGAACAUUCUGCUCGCGAUGUCGACAGGUUCGCCGAUGCAGCAGCAGCUCGACUGCAAGAAAUGGGAUUGAAGCCUGCAGAUCCAAAUCUUGAUGAAUCUCCCAUCAUUGGCAUGUUAUGCAUUUCUGGACUAGAUAUGGUCGUUACUCUCCUCGGUCUCUUGCGGUUGGGAUAUGGCGUGUUGUUACUUUCGACCAGGCUAGCAGCUCCGGCGUACGUCCGACUAACGACAAUGGUGAAUUGUUCCACUCUGAUCUCCACGAACGCUUUCAAGGCCGUUCUCGACGAAAUUCAGGUCGAGAAACCUCUGAACUGCUUUCCUCUUCUGCAACGAUCUGAUUACAUCGGCGUAAGAGCGCCUGCUUUCAGACGCCAAUAUACUCCGGCCAAAGAGACGAACAAGAUUGCAGUCAUCAUCCAUUCCUCUGGAUCAACCGGCUUCCCCAAGCCGAUCUUUCUUCGACACGCACAAUGUCUUGCAACUUUCACACAAAAUUUCGGCAUGCGUGCAUUUCUAGCAUCUCCAUUGUUCCACAGUCAAGGUUUUUAUGAGAUGUUCAGAACAAUCUACUCCAAGAAACCUUUGUAUUUGUGUAAUUACACAAUCGCGCAUACACGCCAAGGCUUGACGGCCCAAUUGCAAUUUUUGAAGCCUGAGAUCUUCAAUUGCGUGCCAUACCUACUCAAGUUACUGUGUGAGACCGAGGAAGGCAUCAAUGAGCUCGCGAAAGUCAGCCUAGUGCUCUACGCCGGCAGUGGCUGCCCAGACGACGUAGGAGACCUGCUGGUAAGCAGAGGAGUGAAUCUAGUUCAGAACUAUGGAUGCACGGAAAUCGGUCGCAUCAUGACUUCUUUCAGAUCGCCUGAAGAUACCGAGUGGAACUACUGCCGGUUGAAUCCUCCAGUCUCUGAACACGUUCUGAUGGAUGAAAUAGCUCCUGGCGUGUUCGAGUGUGUGGCGUUGGAGAGCCUGAAGACGAGAGUAGCCGUCAACUCAGAUAGCCCUCCGAACUCUUUCCGCUCUCGAGAUCUGUUCGCGCCUCACCCAACGCGGCCGAAUCUUUGGAAGUAUCUCAGCAGACUCGAUGACCGCUUGACACUAGUCAACGGCGAGAAGGUCUUGCCUCUGCCUAUAGAAGGUCGCAUUCGUCAAGACCGCCUGGUGCAGGAAGCUGCUGUGUUCGGUAUUGGUAGAAGCGUACCCGGGGUCAUCAUUUUUCGUUCUCCCGACGCGAAAAACAUGUCCGACGACGAGUUCUUCAGAUCUGUAUGGCCCGCUGUUGAGGAAGCGAAUGCCAGAGCAGAGAGCUUCUCAAGGAUUCCAAAGGAGCUCGUCGUUCUCGUUGCUGCUGAGACCGAAUACCCAAAGACUGAUAAGGGCACUUUCAUCCGAGCCAAGAUCUACGACCAGUUCAAGGUGGAAAUCGAGAACAAGUAUAGCGACUUUGAGAAUGGCUCUUUAGGGGAUUUGACGCUCGAGGUCCCCGAGCUCGAGAAGUGGCUCCUCAGCGAGUUCAGCAAGGAACUCGGUAUUUCACUGCAGCUCGACACAGACUUUUAUCAAGCCGGAAUUGACAGUCUCCAGUCAACUAGAAUGUGGUCCAGCAUCAAGAAACAAAUCGAUCUCGGAGGAAAUCAUGAAACUCUUAGCCGCAAUGUGCUUUACGAAACAGCAAACAUUCGCGGUCUUGCUCAGCAUCUUUAUCUGACCAGGACAGGUGGGAACAUGAUGCAAGAGGAUGAAAUCACUGUCAUGGAGCAGCUUAUCUCAAAAUACUCCACCUUCAAGCAACACGAGCCAUGCGAAUCAACCACCGAUAGAAAAGACGUUGUGCUUCUCACCGGGGCCACUGGUACCGUCGGUAUCCAUAUACUCACUAAGCUGGUCCGACAAAACAACGUGACUUCAGUAUGGGCGAUUGUGCGAGCUCCAUCAACUACUCAGGCGACCGAGCGAAUCUCCGAAGCUUUGAGCUCACGAGGUUUGUUUCUUACUGAGACGGAAAAGGCAAAGAUCAUUCCUUUCCUGGGUGAUCUGAGCAAGGCAGACCUUGGACUCAGCGAGGAGAUCCUGCAGAAGCUAGAAUCACAGCUCACUCAUGUGGUACACAGUGCUUGGGCUGUCAACUUCAACCUUGGUGUGAGAAGUUUCGAGGACCAGCAUAUUAAAGGUGCAUACAAUCUCAUCCAGUUGUGUCUCUCGACCCGCACGCCAAACCCUGCAAAAUUCUUCUUCUGCUCGUCAGUCUCGUCGGCUGCGAACACACCCCUUGAUCAGAGAAUCAAGGAAAGUCAAGUACCACGACUCGAGUUUGCUCAAGGAACAGGCUAUGGCAGGUCGAAACUGGUGACCGAACGUAUCGUCCAAAACGCCAUGAAGACUACUGGUAUGUACGCUAGAGUAUUGCGUCUUGGCCAAAUUGCCGGUGACAGCGAGCACGGAAAAUGGAAUACGACUGAAGCCAUUGCUUUGAUGGUUCAGACAGCUACGACCAUCAAAGCACUGCCGACUCACAACGAGGAGCUUUCAUGGCUUCCAGUAGACCUUGCAGCAUCGAUUGUUGUAGAGCUUACCGGCAUAGCUCAGCCAAUCACCGAGACUCGCUUACAGGAGGAUGAUCUGGUCUACAACAUCCAAAAUCCGAAAGUAUAUCACUGGACUCGUGAUAUUUUGCCUGCUCUGCGCCAAGCGGGCUUGAGGUUUGAUGAAGUAUCGCCUAAAGAAUGGGUGCAGAGACUGCGGGCUGGUGAUCAAAAUCCAGAGAGCAAUCCGCCAGUCAAAUUGACCGGAUUCUUUGCAGAGAGGUAUGGAAACGUUGUCGAGAAUGCACCAAUGAAAAGUGCGGGUCGUUAUGACACCAUCCAGACAUGCAAGGACAGUGCGGCCAUGACUGCGAUCCCGGACUUGAUCGAGUCGGGUCUGGUGGCUAAAUUUGUGAAGGCAUGGGCGAGUGAAUGGGGCGUAGAGUUGGUAUAG